AUGAAGCCUUGCACUCGGGCGGCUUGCAGCCACUGUGGAAAGAAUGUUGGCCUCCUGGGCGUGACAGGAUUUGGCGUGACAAGUCGCCGCCAUGAAAAGCGCUGCAAAGCCAGACGCGCUGCAGCUGCAGCCAUGGUGCAGCCCGCUUUCUGCGAGCUGCUGCCACGAGUUGAUUUUUCCAAAGAUGUUCAAACGAUGUCGGCCCAGGAGAUGGGCGACAUGCUGACCUUGACAGGAGCAGAGCUCAAGGCUCUGCUGGAGCAAGAUGCAGUCACAAGGCAGGAGGUGUUGUCGGCUGCGUUUGUAGCCUGGCGUCCUGGUGCCUGUGGGGGUGCGCCCCUGAAAGUGGCAAUGGUGGUCGGACCCGGAGACAGCGCUGACACCAUCCAGGUGCAAGCGGAGACACUUCGUUGGGGAGUGAUGAAUACGGUUCUGAGCGUGGAUUGCCUUGAUGACGGCUUUCUAAACAAGAGGGCCUGGGGCGAGGGCGUAGCCAUGAUGAGUGGCUUUGACGAGGUUGCGGCGGAGCGCUGCAGAACAAUGCAGCAUGUAGCCCGUCGCCUCGCGGCACCUGGCGGCGGCUAA